AUGCAAGCUGCUUUUGCCUCGUUAGCACUGCUGACUGUCCUCAUUCAAAAAGGCUGCGGUAUUCUGUGCUACCAAUGCGACAGCAACGAGGACGACACAUGUCCAGCGAGUCGUCGAUUUGAGCCACGACUGAAUGCACUGGUGGACUGCGGAAGUUUCCAGGCACGUGUUCCAGGCACCUUCUGCAUUAAAAUCUACCAGGAAAGCACGGGUUGGUUCAGUUGGAUCAAAAUUACUCGACGCUGUGCCGCAAGAACUGACUACGGAGUGGCAAAAGGUUGCCGCUAUUGGUUUGAUGAUCAAGGUGUCUACCACGAAGUCUGCUACUGCCAAGACAGAGACGGCUGCAAUGCCGCUAGUCAAAUUAAGACAGCCUUUAUGAUUGCUACUGUAUCAAUGCUAAUACUCUUUUUGGCUUGA